GGGAACUUUUAGGACCCCUCUUUUUUGGGACAUCUCCUCGCGCCCAUCGCUGUCGCCCUCCCGCGAGUCCGCAUCCCCCUCGCAGCACCGCGCGUCCCCUGGCCAUUCCAUUAUGGGGCCACCUGCGCGACGCUCCAAUCAGCGCGCUCUAACGGCUCUCGCGCGCGUCGCGGCGCUAGUGGCGGCGAUGUUGCUGUGGGGCGGCUCCGCGGGUGAAAAGGUUGGGAACGGGGCUUCAACUAGAGCGACGACGGGCCAGUCAGUGCCCGUACCGCAAAGAUAUGGAUUCCGUGAGGCGCGGGAUCGCACUGGAUGGACGGUGGGCGGAGAAGACGAGGUGUGGAAGGGGGCAGGGGCUGAAACGGAGGGUGGCGUGAGGGCGGGGAAGAGAGGGAUUAGAAUGAGCCAUGGCGCGGUUGGGGGCGUCCGGGACGGGGCUGGCAGUGACGACUCGGGCGGGUGGGUGGCUGGGCGGCAGUCGCAGCAGGCGGCGCAUGAUGGCGUGCCAAGGGGAAACUGGUCAGAGGGGCGGGAGGAGCGGGAGGGGGAGGGGGAAUGGGAAGCCUGGGGUCCGGCGAUGGCGCGCAAUACAAAGGCUGUGAGUGGAGCGGAGGAGGAUGGAGGCAUGGGCUUGCCUCAGCGCAUCGUGGUGAGUGGGCACUGGAUGGCACGGCAUGGCGUGGAAUAGGUUGAGGUGGGAUGGAGUGGAAUGGGAUGGGAUGCGGUGGGAUGGUGCGGGUGCGAUGGGGUUGGAUGGAACACACUGGUUUGGCAUGGCAUACUCGACUGACUGCUUACCCCUCACCGCUUACCCCUCACCGCUUACCCCUCACCGCUCACCGCUUACUCCUCACCGCUCACCGCUCACCGCUCACCGCUCACCGCUCACCGCUCACCCCUCACCGCUCACCGCUCACCCCUCACCCCUCACCGCUCACCCCUCACCGCUCACCCCUCACCGCUCACCGCUCACGGCUCACCGCUCACCGCUCACCGCUCACCGCUCACCGCUCGCCGCUCGCCGCUCGCCGCUCGCCGCUCGCCGCUCGCCGCUCGCCGCUCACCGCUCACCGCUCACCGCUCACCGCUCACCGCUCACCGCUCACCGCUCACCGCUCACCGCUCACCGCUCACCGCUCACCGCUCACCCCUCACCGCUCACCCCUCACCGCUCACCGCUUACCCCUCACCGCUCACCGCUCACCGCUCACCGCUCACCGCUCACCGCUCACCGCUCACCGCUCACCGCUCACCGCUCACCGCUCACCGCUCACCCCUCACCGCUCCCCGCUCGCCGCUCGCCGCUCGCCGCUCGCCGCUCACCCCUCACCGCUCACCGCUCACCCCUCACCGCUCACCGCUCGCCGCUCGCCGCUCGCCGCUCA